AUGGAGUACAGACAGCAAGCGCCCACGGCAUCCGCGGCCGUGAAGCCACGGCUGAUCAUCCACGGCGGGGCGGGCAACAUUACGCCGGCAACUCUGCUGCCCGAGGCCUACAGCCAAUACCGGGAAGCGCUCCUGACAGUCGUCAGCAAAACAGACACGUACAUGCGCACGCCGCACCACGCCAAGGCCACUAGCAACCAAACAUUCCCGACGGCGCUCGAAACCGCGACGUUCGCCGUAACGCUGCUCGAGGACAAUGCGCUCUUCAACAGCGGGCACGGUGCCGUGUUCACGCGCGACGGCAUCAACGAGCUCGAGGCGAGCGUCAUGGUGACGCGGGGCUUGGCGAAGCGCGGGGUGGGCGUCAUGGGGCUGCGGCGGGUGCGGAACCCGAUCCUGCUGGCGCGCGCGAUUCUCGAGCGCGGGGAUGACGACUUGCGCCCGCCGCCCCUGCCCCAGUCAAUGCACCCCGCGCAGACGGCGAAACAGGGCAUUCAGCAGGAGGCACGGCGGGACACAGACGCUGCGCGCGGCGUCGACGUACCGUCCGCGCAGGGCCACACGCUGCUGCACGGGGAGACGGCCGAGACGCUGGCGCACAUGUACGGGCUGGCCAUGGUGGAGCCCGACUACUUCUUCACGCAGAAGCGGUGGGACGAGCACGUACGGGGCAUGGAGCGGGAUCGCCGCGGCGGCGGCGGCGGCGGCGGCGUUGCCGCGACGUGGAGCCGCGACGAGUACCUGCCCCAGGGGACGUGCGGGGCCGUGGCGCUGGACGCCGACGGCGUCAUCUGCUGCGCGACGAGCACGGGCGGGCUGACCAACAAGCUGACGGGGCGGAUCGGCGACACGCCGAUGCUCGGCGCCGGGUUCUGGGCCGAGGAGUGGACUGAACCGGGCGAUCCCACCAUAACGGCGACCGGCCGCCGCCGCUCUGCAAGAGACCAGCUGCAGCAGUACCAGGCGCUAACGCGCCCGGGGCCGGCGGUUGUCUUGUCGCAAGCCCUGGGAGGACUGAUCGCUGAUUGCCUUCCCACGCCGUUUCUGUAUUCGCCUGUAUCCCCGCGCUCGCAUCUGACCACCACACGAUCCGUCGCCGUCUCUGGGACCGGGAAUGGUGAUUCGUUUCUGCGCACGGCUGCUGUCCGGACGGUCGGUUCCAUUGCGCGCUUCGCCGGCUUGCCGUCUGCCGACGCCCUCACGCAGGUGACUGGACCGUCGGGCGAGCUCCAGAGGAGCGCGGGCAAUCGCUGGGGCAGGACUGGUGAGGGUGAAGGUGGUAUGAUCGGCAUCGAAAGCGUCAUAGUUCGAGAUGCCGAGGGCACGGUUGUCGAGACUCGGUCAAAUAUCCUGCAGGAUUAUAACUGUGGUGGCAUGUUUCGCGCGUGGAUCGACGACGAUGGCUCUGCAUUCGCGAGGGUUUGGCGGCAAGACUAUGGGGUCGACUCAAAUGCCAAAAGCGGCAAACCGGAUGAUCCAAGGUGCUGGGUGAGCGGAAAGACCACCUAG